AUGGAGCCCAUCUCUGUGGUUGCUGCGUCGGUAGCGCUCGCGGCGGGCAUCGUGAAGACGGUGGCCACCGUGGCAGAGAUAUCCGUCGACCUGCGCGACGCAUCUGAUGAUUUACGCGACAUUUCGAAUGAGCUGGCCCUUUUCCAGGCCUUUAUUACCCCACUCACCACUGGGCUCUCCCGCUUCGGCGCCCAGACCAACCCGAUGCUUGUCCCUCUCCUGGAGCAGAUCAACAGCGCUGUUACCGGUGCGAUGGCGGUAGUUGAGAAGAUCGAAUCGCUCUUGGUCAAAUACCGGGGGCGAUUGACACUCUGGCUGAAGCUGCGGUGGUCGCUGUUUGGGGUCGAUCAGAUUCGGAAGCUGAGAGAAUCGCUCGAGUCUUACAAGGUCGCGCUGGGCAUCGGCCUUCAUCUGAUGUCAAUGUCGGUGAAGAACGAUACCGAAGUGAUCCGCGAGGUGGCCGAGGUGGUCAAGAUCCUUCAGAAAGACGAGAUCCUCAGCCGUCUCGUUACGCAAGCAUCGCCGACGGAAUCGCAAGCCAAGGUGGAACAGUGGCUCGAGAAGAUGGCAGACUACACGACGUGCGGCGAAACAGCCUACCAGGCCACCAUUCUUGAUCCAGAUGAAGAGCCGGCAAGACCUGCGAUCCCCACCAAUCCUAUCCCGGAGUUACCUGCACUUUCACUGAGUACGAACGACUCACAGCUCGAUAGAAAGGAUGAAGAAGCACUGUCAAGAUUCGAUAAUGAGCCAUCCGAGAGUUUUCAAGGUGGAGAGAGCAGCAUGGGGUUCAAUUCCCUGCUGAACAAACCAUCGACCACACACUUAUCUACGGUCACCAGGUCAGAUCUUGCAAGCACACAAAGCAAUGAGGUCACUAGCAUUUCCCGGACAACACUUCUUUCUUCAUUUGACCUCGAUGUUCAAAGCCAAGCCGGCAUGAGUGAAACUUCUCUUCUUACCUCGCCGGUCCCAGAGCCUUCCAUAGCAGCUCCAAGCCCUCAACCGCAGACAGAGCGAGAAAACGGCCAUCCCGGGCCGCCGGCGGACAAUAGCACAGCUAGAAAGAUAAAUUGGCAGCCAUUGGUUCCUAGUUUCGUUACUGAGUUGCAUUUUAAAAAUAUUCAGAAUUCUACGCAAUUAGACAUGGAUGCUAUCCAACUGUCGGAGAGGAGAAGACAUGCACUAUCCGACAAACACCGAGAGCAAGUGGACGCAAUGCUUCUACGCAAGCUUUACCAGAACCCAGGAUCUCUCAAGAUGAAGAGACGAUUAUUCUGUGAGACAUUGCUCAAGAAAGGAGCCUCCAUUGAGGGAUCAAACGAGACCUCGACCAACCCGCUCAAUGAAUUAAUAGCCCAGCGAGACUGGGAGACACUCUGCCUGUUAUUGAGAUAUGGCGCCGAUCCAAACGGGUGUACACUCCUCGAUCCUCGCCAGCCGCUGGCCGUUGCCGCAUGCAACAGCGUGACCUGCUUGUGCGCUUUGAUUCUGGCCGGAGCAGAUAUCCAGGCCACGGAGCGGAGUGAAGACGUCUGCAACCGAUUCUGCGGCUCGGGGAGGGAAAUCGGUGGUCGAAUCUACUGCGCACCGCUCCUCUCGGCCUUUGCAGCAGUACGCCAGAAGGGCCAUAUUAAUAUCAAACAGUUUUGGAUCACCCACUUUCUUCUGAAGAACGGAGCCAAUGUCAAUUUCGAGUCGUGCACUACGGUGAUGGAUUUCAUGGUCCAGAGAUGGCCUGUUGCUAGCCAGUAUCGAAUGGCGCAGCAUUUUCUCAAACAUGGCAUUAACAUAUCGAGCCCCGGCCCGAAAACCCAGCUUCAGGAAGCAUGUAUUGCGGGAGAGACACGCCUAGUUCAGUUACUGAUUGAUCAUGGCAUCGCUAGGAAAAACCCCUUUCUCGGAGAAUCCCCAGAGACGGACCCGAUUAUCCUCGCCGCAGCCCACCAGAACUGGAAUUGUGUUGACAUUAUAAUGAGUUCCGUCACGAGCGCGAUUCACUACUUCAAUCUGGUUCAGGUCUUCAUGUUAGAAAGUCCACUGGACCUGUCAUGGGAGGUGUUCCGGCGCACCGUGGGCAAAUUUCAUGCGAAUUCGCAUAUCCACAUUGCAGCACGAUUAGUUUGGCAUUAUCCGCGGCAGAUCUUGGAUUCCAGUGAACACGAUGCUGUUAGUGAGGAUAUCACAGUAAUAGAACUCGGGGAAAGAAUUCUCAACGAGAACAACCGGGAUCGCUCGCAGGUCCUUCAGUUAUUGAGAGGGGAGGCUGGUGUUGUUGAAGCUAUGCUGGAGGGCAACUGA